ACUGAGAUGCCGGUCCCCGAAUAGGGUACGAAGCAGUAGUAAAAAAUUGAAGGAUAAUUGUCUUGAAACCUCCCCCUUGAAGGAAUUCUGGUCAUAGGAAGGUGGAAAUAUAGAAAUAAGCAGGGAGUUCCAAAGUUUACCAAAGAAAGGGAUGAAUGUUUGAGAAUACUGGAUUACUCUUGCAUUAGAUAGGUGGAUAGAAUAGGGGGAGAGAAAGAAAGAAAGUCUUGUGCAAGGAGGCCGUGGGAGAAGGGGAGGCAUGCAGUUAGGAAGAUCAUAAAAGCAGUUGGCAUGAAAAUAGCGGUACAAGACAGCUAGAGAUGCAACAGUGCAUCGAAGAGAAAGAGGCUGAAGACAGUCAGUUAGAAGAGAGGAAUUGAUGAGACGAAAAGCUUUUGAUUCCACCCUAUCUAAAAGAGCGGUAUGAAUAGAACCAACCAGAUAUGUGAAGCAUACUCCAUACAUGAACGGAUAAGGUUCUUGUACCGAGUUAGCAGUUGGGAGGGUGAGAAAAACUGGCGGAGACGUCUCAGAAUGCUUAACUUCAUAGAAGCUGUUCUAGCUAGAGAUGAGAUGUGAGGUUUCCAGUUUGGAUUAUAAGAAGAGGACAAACCGAGGAUGUUCAAUAUAGACGAGGGGAACAUGUGAGUAUCACUGAAGAAGAGGGGAUAGUUGUCUGGAAGGUUGUGUUGAGUUGAUAGAUGGAGGAAUUGAGUUUUGAAGCAUUGAACAAUACCAAUUUUCUGCCGCAAUCAGAAAUUUUGGAGAGAUCACAAGUCAGGCGUUCUGUGGCUUCCUUGAGUGAACUGUUUACUUCCUGAAGGGCUGGACGUCUAUGAAAAGACGUGGAAAAGUGCAGGAUGAUAUUAUCGGCGUAGGAGUGGAUAGGACAAGAAGUUUGGUUUAGAAGAUCAUUGAUGAAUAAUAGGAAGAGAAUGGGUGACAUGACAGAACCCUGAGGAACACCACUGUUAAUAAAUUUAGGAGAACAGUGACCGUCUACCACAGCAGCAACAACUUGAGAUGAAGUCACUGAAAGAAGGACAGAAGAUGUAGGAGGGUAGUUUGAAAAUCAAAGUUUUGUGCCAGACUCUAUCAAAAGCUUUUGAUAUGUCCAAGGCAACAGCAAAAGUUUUGCCAAAAUCUCUAAAAGAGGAUGACCAAGACUGAGUAAGGAAAGACAGAAGAUCACCAGUAGAGCGGCCUUGACGGAACCCAUACUGGCGACCAGAUAGAAGGUUGUGAAGUGAUAGAUGUUUAAGAAUCCCUUACACUUGUGCAAAGUAUAAUUCUAUCAGUCAGUCAUAUUAAUCUAGCUCUCUUACUUGUUUCGUACGUCACCGACACCAGCCACACCGAGCGCCUCCCCAGAACACUCCGACUCGCCGACGCACGCACAUCAUCCACGGUUGCUUCAUGUAUAGGGCAUGAAGAUUCAGCUCUGCAGCAGGUUGUAUAAAGCAGAAAUAGAUUAUGAUAGAGGAUGCACAGCAGAAAAGCUCUCAAGGGUCGAGGACAGACACUGCGGAGGUGAUGGCAGUCCCGGAUAAAGGCUGGGGUGCUCUAGUCACCUUCAUGGCAUUUGUUUCAUAUACCUUAAGCGUCACAUGUGCAUUCUGCUUUGGAAGCAUCUUCUCAGGAUAUCUGACUGAGAUUCAAGCCUCGUCUGUAAAGGUUUCUUGGAUCUACAACAUGUAUCAUGUCACUGCCUGUCUUGGCAGCGUGAUGGUAGCCACGAUAGUGGAGGAGUUUGGCUGGAGGAAAGUUGUAUUUGCCACAGGUUUCCUCAGUAGCCUGGGCAUAGCACUAUCAGCCUUCACCACUUCAGUUGACUUCCUCUUCUUUUCCUACUCCAUUCUUGCAGGUUGGGGUCAGAGGAUCCUGCUUUUUACUUCCAUCCACGUUGCUGUGUCCUACUUCCCCAACCACCAAAAUCUGGUGAAUGGAAUCGUCAGUUCUGGUUCAGGCCUUGCCUUGGUACUCUCUGCACCAUUUCUUGCUUAUCUGAAUGAGGAGUAUAGUUUUAGGGGUUGUGCCCUCAUAUUUUCAGGUGUUUCUUUAAACGUGUGUGUUGCUGCAAUGACAUUUCACCCUGUUGAAUGGCACAUGGACUCUCCUUACUUAAAUUUUGGAAUAGCCAGUGUUAAUGAUCAAGCAUUUCCCUCUGGUAAGACAGGAAAAGUGUGUGUUGUUCUCUGGAACAUAUGGAAGGGGGCUGGCAACACCCUGCGUCUUAUCACAUCUCCCCAUGCUGUUCUCCUAAGUAUUAUAGUGUGCUUUAACAUUGGGAUUUUUGUGAAUGUAUGGACUUUCAUACCAUUUGUAAUGAGAUUUGAAGGUUACACUGCUGAUGAAUCUUCAUUUUUUAUGUCUGUGGCAGCAGGGUGUAACUUGGGUGGCAGACUUCUGUCAAUAGUCCUUGGUUGUUGUGUGGAGCAGAAAAGCCAUGUUAUAUACAUUUUGGGAACGAUACUCUCAGCUGGAACACUUAGUGCAUUUGGGACAGAAGGAAACUUGUGUUGGAAGAUAACAAACUUGUCCCUGUGCAUACUUGGUUAUGGAAUCACUUUUAAUUUGAAUACAAUGAUCAUCAUUGAAAUAAUGGGGAUAGACAUGCUGCUUCCAGUGACUGGAUUGCUUGGCAUGUUUACCACAGUGUGGCACCUUGUUAUGGGGCCUCUCAUAGGUGUAGUUAUUGACGCGUAUGGGAGCUACAACGUCGGGUUGUACUUUCUGGCAGGUCUUAACAUCUUCAGUCUCUUGGUGUGGGCCUUGAUUCCCAUUGCUGAUGCUUACUGCCAAAGGUGUCCCAAUCAUGCACAUCACCAAGAACAUCAGUAUUUUUCGCAGCAGCAGCAGCAGCAGCAGCAGCCGCAGCAUCAACAACAUACUCUACCCUUGAGGGAAAAUUUCUCUCUUUUACACCGUGCAGAAGGACACCCUGCUGGAUAUGCCUCUGUGGUGCAUUAAAGGAAACACGCAUGCACACACACACACACACACACACACACAUACACACAUUUGGACUUCAAGAAAGCAUUCAACAGAGUACCACACACUAAUAUUGAAAUUCCAGCUCCCAAGAAAAAGAAAAAAAUAAAUAAAUAGAAAAAAAAAAAAAACA